AUGAGGCAAGACGGCCGCGGGGCUGUGUGCGCUGCUCACCCCAGCUUUCCGGUCAUUGCCGUCGGCACAGGCGCGGGCCUGGGCUUCUUCGACCAGAGCCUCCGGCUGCUGCAGCGGCUCGAGCUCCAGGUCCGGGAUCUCGCCUGGCACCCUCAGAGCUUGGCACUGGCGGUGCUGGAGGGGCAGCAGGUGCGGAUCUUCGCCUCGGACAGGCCCAGCGUGGCCUUUCGAUGCCACACCCUGACGCUGCCGUGGCCGGCCGCGGCAGUUUGCUUCGCUCCGGCGCAGCUUCUGCUGGGCGGAAGGGAGCUGUGCAACUGGCCCUGCCGCGUCUAUGGCCUGCACGUCAGCAGCGCAGCAGAAGGCGAGCUUUGGCCCUUGCCAGAGCCGGUUUCCGAGCUGCAGCUGGACAAUUCGGGACGCUUCAUAGCUUCUCUCCACGUUGGUGCUACGCUGCGCGUAUGGUGGGCCGACGAAGAGGGCGAUGCAGGCACUGGCCGCCGCCGUCGUGGAAGCAGUGGGUCCAUUAUGGACUGCCGCAGCGAGGUCAUACAGCGCGACUGCAUGGCUGCGCGCUGGGCACCAGCCAAGCGGCGUGGCGGUUGCCCGUCGCUGCUGGCCGCGCUCGGCAGGGACGGCAGCGUCACUGUUUGGCGCGAGUCCGCCUUCGACGAACUACCUUGCUUUGUGGCAGAGGCACGCUGGACAGACGCUUGCUACACAGCAUUUGGCUGGGUAGUGCCCGCCGACGGUGACGAAGAGUUUCAGGACGCCGAGGACAAAGUGCCACGGCCCACGAACCAUGGCGUCCAAGCGAGUGGGAGGAUGGGAUCGACGCUUUCGCUGGUGGCGCUGGGUGAGGAUCAGGAUGCUGUGCUGCUGAAGCUUGGAACGGGCAGUCGUAGAAAGGUAGGCCGACUGGAUGUGCUGCCACAGACCUUGUGCAGCAGCCAGGGAUCUUCCUGUGGAGGAGUUCUCUCCGUUCGCGAAGGGAGCGCGUUGGAUCUUUGGGUGUGCUCCCAAAGUGGAGACUUGCAGCGCUGGCGCCUUGGCGAUGCCAAGGUCUUUGUGGCGGCAGCAGGAGGUGCUGUGCCGCUCUCUUUGAUCCUGGAGGACAUGAGGCAGCAAGUGAUAGCAAUGGCCGUCAACAGCGACUGGGGCUAUGUAGCCGUCCUGCUGGAAAAUCCAGAAGGGUCGGCCGUGUGGAUAUCGGAGAUGCCGCAGUCUCGCGCGCAGCUGGUAUCAGGGCGGUACGCUGUUGCAGAAGGCGACGCCCUCUUCCAUGAGAAAGCAUUGGGUACCCUGCGAUGCUCGAGGCUGGUGGCGCUGUGCUGGGUUGGUGACGCGAAGCUGCUGGCUGUCACGGAGACGGGAUCUCUGCUUUGGGCCAGCGUGGACUCUGUGCGGGGCCUGGAUGCCUGGAAUCAGGCCUUGUGGAAGACAGAUGCCGAGUAUGACGUCUCUGUGAAUGCAGUGCAACAACUUCAGGCUGUUUCGGAGGCCGACAACUUGGUAGGGCUCAUGGUGGACGAGAUAGAUGGUUUGUACUGCAUCCUCGCACGCGUGGAGGUGACCAGCAGUGCACUCUCCCUGCAACGGGUCUUCAGUCACAGGUGCGCAGGACGAGGUCCUGUCUGCUUUGCGACUGAAUGGCUUGGCUGGGCCGAAGGAGAGGUAGCAGGGCAGCUGGCCCUCUGGAGCCCACCGCAGAUUGCGGUGAUGACGCUGGAGUCUGCCGACAGCACGGUCACCGUGCGGCAGACGUUGAUGGUGCCGCUGAGAGGAGACGCCGUCUUGCAGAUGGCUCUCUGCGAUGAAUGCCUGGUCGCCCUUACGACCCGCGAGGUUCUGGUGUGGCUUUUGGAGGGGGAGCACGCUCCGCUGCGGCAUUGUCAGCUGCUAGCCACACGUCAGCAAGGCGCAGAGAAGGACUCGGCCACGUCCCACGCAUACCUCGGGGGUCCUGUGAGUCAAAGCGGGCGCGCCGUGGCGUACAAUUCAGCAGACGCUGAUGCCCACUUCACGGAGGGCAGCCUAUCAUUGCUUCGCUGCGCAGGUGGCGCUUUGCUGCUCCUGGUGGCGGCCUGCUCAGCGGAGGUCGUGGCGCCGGCGUCUGCUCUGCUCUGUCGUGGCAGCAUCGACCGCUGGGAAGCGGUGGAUCUUCGCGCGGAGGCGUUGCCCCUGGAGCCCGCGGCGUGCGCCUGGUGUGGCGACGGAGCAGUGCUGCACGUGGGCUUGUGCGGCUCGCCGGCCGGGCCCCGCAGGCCGGUCUUGGUGGUCACUGCACUUCCAGCCCGAGGAUACUUGCAAGCUGCGUCGCCAUGCCCGGCCUACCAUCCCGAGACGCUGAUUUGGCUUCUGCGCCGCGGCCAGGUGGCGCUGGCACGGCGCAUUCUGCAGCAGCUGCUGCAAGUACUGCGAUCCUCUCGGCCAUUUGGCAUCCCGCCGUUGGUGGACAUGGACUUCGCGGAGUUUCACUGUGGGGACGCCUUUGUUGAAGACACAGCUCCGCCAGCUCUGCCAGAGCCAGGCAGCGAGGUCUCGCAGACAGCAGAUGCGCUCUUUGGGGAGGACGACCUGGAGGCCCGUCUGGCGCAGCUGAGCCGGGGCUGGAUGGAGGAGGAGGAGGAGGAGAGCCCCAACAACUCCGAGGCUCCACAGGCCCAGGAUCAGUCGGGCUGGCAGUUGCCGGAGAGCGACGUCCAAGAGCUCGCGCGGUACCUGCAGACCACCGCCUUGCCCAUGGUCUCUUCCCACGAGCAGGUUGUGGCUGGCGGUCCUAGCUGCCGGAACUGCGGUGGCUGCGGCCGGAGGCUCAGGUUUCACGUCUGGACCUGGGCGAUGUUCCAGACGAGGAUGGACUCAGCUUGCAACGAGGUGCCCGCCCUCCGAUGGUAUUUGCGCCGACGUCGGCAGCGAUCAUUCGAAUAUGGACCAGUGGAGCUUAGCGAGAUGACCCUGGCAGCUGCCAAGGAGCUUCGCGCGAGUGCACCAGCCACCAGCCUCAUUCCCGAUGCGCUGCUAGACUUGGAGGAGCAGGCCGAGGAGCUGCAAAUGGCCAUGGCGCCAAAGGCGGAGCUGGAGGCGCGCGCCAAAGUGCUGCAGAACGUGGGCGCCCCGAGCUUCAAGCGCUAUUUGAAGGAGAAGGGAGUUCCUGAGCCAAAGCGCGGCAAGUGCGAGGUACUCCAGCUGAACAUAGGUCUGUACUGCAACCAAGCAUGCAGCCACUGCCACGUGGAGUCGUCCCCGCUUCGCAAGGAAAUGAUGUCCGAGGAUGUCGUCGAGCGCUGCUUGCUCUUGCUGAAGAACACUCCCUCCAUCAAGGUGCUGGAUAUCACCGGCGGCGCCCCGGAGCUGAACGCGGGGUUCCGGCGCUUGGUGCAGGGCGCAGCAGCGCUGCGAGAGGACCGCCCUCUCCGCAUCAUCGACCGCUGCAACCUCACGGUCUUGCUGGAGCCGGGCCAAGAGUCGCUGCCCAGCUUCCUGGCGGAGCACCGCGUGGAUGUCGUGGCCUCGCUGCCCAGCUACGAGCCCUCCCAAACCGACAGGCAGCGCGGGAGGAAGGUCUUCGAGCGGAGCGUGCAGGGACUUCGUAUCCUGAACAGCCACGGCUAUGGUGUUGGUAUACAGGGCCUUCGCUUGGACUUGGUGUUCAACCCACCUGGACCUUUCCUUCCCCCGAAGCAGGACAUGCUGCAGGCGAGAUACAAGAAAGAGCUAUCCGCCUCCUACGGAAUCACUUUCGACAGCCUAAUCACGAUCUGCAACAUGCCGAUCAAGCGGUACUUUGACUUCCUUCGGAAGAAAGGUCAUUUGGAAAGCUACAUGGAUUUGCUGGUUCGUAACUUCAACGAGGACACAGUACCUGAAGUCAUGUGCACCAACACCAUCAACGUCGGCUGGAAUGGCCAGAUGUUUGACUGCGACUUCAACCAGCAGCUAGAGCUGGGUGUCGCUGGUGGCCUGAACGUCUUCGACGUGAGUUGUUUGAAUGAUGAGAGGCUGCAGCAAGCGGUCGGCUGCCCAGACUUGAGGAUCCCGAGGCACGUGGAUCGACGGAUCGAUGGAUCGACGGAUCGGCGGCCAGCCUACUUGCCGAGUUGUGACAGCUUGCAUCAGGCGCAGCUUCUGGUCCUGUUGCAAGAUAUCGGCGCAGCCCCGCAUGCGUCUGACCUGGAUGAGAGCGGGCGCCGCUUUACAAAGGCCUUUGAGAUCCACGCCGCCGUGCGGCGCUGGCAGCUGAAGACUCCGAACUCGGAGAACUUACUUCAGCGGUUGAACUCAGAGGACCUGUGCUGGGCCUUGCACUCCGACUGCCAGGGAACCAUCGUGGACAUCAUCCUGGAGGCUCUCGGAACCGAUCUGGACUGGCCUGCCUUGCGGCAUGUGGGGCUGGGUUUGUGGCUCACCGACUUGGCAGCGCUCAAGAAGGUGCUGGAGCAGUUGCCUCGCGUGCUGCUGCGGCGCCAGGGGCAGGAUCUGCAGCCGGAGACUGUGGCUCUUUGGUAUGCGCUGCUCGGGAGGCGCUCAUUGUUGGCACAGCUAUACCGGCAAGGCAAGCAGACGCGGGUGGCCGACUUCUUGUCCAACGACCUCUCGGAUGAGUGGCGAGCCAAGGCCGAGAAGAAUGCCUUCGAGCUGGUGCGGCAGCGGCGCUUCGAGUUGGCCUGCGCCUUCUUCGUCUUCGCGGAGAGGGCCAGGGACGCCAUCGACGCGGGGGAAGCCUAG